CGCAAAUCAUUAACACAUAAAUAAACACCACUUUGCCUGCAAACAAAAAUGUCCCUUGUUCCCCGCGGUCGUUACGGCGGUGGCAGUGGUUACGGUGGCGGCGGUGGUUACGGUGACGGCGGUGGUUACGGAGGUGGUAGUGGUUACGGUGGCGGCGGUGGUUACGGAGGUGGUAGUGGUUACAGUGGCGGCGGUGGUUACGGAAGUGGUAGUGGUUACGGUGGCGGCGGUGGUUACGGCAAUCGGCGAAAUGAACCAUCCGUCCCUCAAAUACGGAAUGGUCCAUACGACGACCCAGAGCUGCACACGGCGCUGACGUCGAACCACAUAGAGUGGAAGGACAACCCAGAAGCCCAUGUGUACAAGGUGCACCUGCCGGGGCUGAGGCCGGACGAGGUGAAGGUGGAGGUGGAGGAGGACGAGAGGGUGGUUGUCAUCACCGGAGAGAAGAAGCUGGAGAGGGAGGAGAGGAAGGGGAAUUGGUAUCAGAUGGAGCGGAGCACGGGAAGGAUGGUGCAGCGUCUGAGUCUGCCGCAGAACGCCAAGAUGAGCCAAGUCAAGGCCUACAUGGACGGCGGUGUCCUGACGGUGACUGUGCCCAAGUACGAGGUUGCUAAUUACUAUAAUCAGGCCAGAAGGCCCAGACUCAUUAACAUUUCUGGCAACUGAAAGCAAAACCUUCCAUCCAGCUAGUAAUAUCGUAGUAAUUAAUAAUUACAAGAUAAUGAAUGAAAGCUUGCUUGCUGGCUCUAUGGUGUUAUGAAAUCUACAUAAAUAAUUAGGAAGAUAAUAAGCCAGAUUAAUUUCUCUGUCUUCCUUUAUUUGAACUUCAUAAUAUAUACAUAAUUAUAUAUGUAUAUCCUCUUAGCUUGUAUCUGAAAUCACAUAAUAAGUUUGAUGCUAUAUAUAUAUAUAUGUAUAUGUAUGUAUAAUUUAGAGUGUGAGAGAUGUGGAUUUUUGUUCUUCUUUCCAAUAUAUAUGGGUGACGGUCCGGGAUUGUACUUAUAUAAGUGAAGGCCUCCAAUCUGCUUUGACUUGUCUUUGUAA